AACGUAUAUAUAUAAAUUAUAGUCUGUCUGCAGCAAUCUUUGAUUUUGUUCAAUACCCAUUUCCUUAUUCUACAUUCUGAUACCAUUAAUCUCCUCCUUCAAUCUUCGUCUUCAUCAUCUUCUUUCUCUGUUUAAUCAUGGCGUCCUUGACUAUGCCUCCAGUGCUAAGCUCUCCCCGUGAUGAUGCUAUGCAGCUCCACCUUGCCUUCAAAGGGUUCGGCUGUGACACUGCAGCAGUCAUCAACAUUCUUGCCCACCGUGAUGGGACACAGCGUAUGCUUAUCCAACAAGAAUACAGAGCUUUAUAUUCUAAAGACCUCAGAAAGCGGUUGUCCUCGGAACUUAGUGGCAAUGUUAAGAAAGCUGUUUUACUUUGGAUGAAUGAUCCAGCAGCACGUGAUGCAACCAUAGUGAGGCAGGUAUUAGGCAGAAAUGAUAUUGAUCUUAAAGCUGCUACUGAAGUAAUAUGUUCCCGUACUCCAACCCAGAUUCAACAAUUUAAGCAAAUUUAUUUUUCCCUAUUCAAUUCUUAUCUGGAGCAUGACAUUGAACAUUAUACAUCUGGAGAUCACAAAAAGUUGCUGCUCGCCUAUGUGAGUACACCGCGUUAUGAAGGUCCAGAAGUUGAUAGAUCAAUGGUAGACAACGAUGCUAAAUUUCUCUAUAAGGCUGGGGAGAAGAGAUUGGGAACUGAUGAGAGGACUUUCGUUAGCAUUUUUAGUGGAAGAAGCAGGGCACAUAUGGCUGCUGUUAAUCAUGCUUACCAUAAUAUGUACGGGCAUUCUUUGGAAAAGGCGGUAAAAAAAGAAACAUCAGGGUAUUUCGAGUAUGGUCUUUUGACAAUUUUACGAUGUGCUGAGAAUCCUGGGAAGUAUUUUGCAAAGGUUCUGCACAAGGCAAUGAAGGGUUUGGGUACAAAUGACUCAACGCUAAUCAGGGUAGUUGUAUCAAGGGCUGAAAUCGAUAUGCAGUAUAUAAAGGCCGAGUACCACAAAAAUUAUGGGAAACCAUUGAAUGAAGCAGUUCAUUCGGAGACCUCAGGCAAUUACCGAACCUUUCUUCUUGCUCUUAUAGGCCCAGCUCAUUAGUCUACAUAUUUUCUGGUGGACUUGUAUGAUAGUGUUGAAGAAAUUCAUUUGUAUAUGGUAGAAUUCAUUACUUCCUAAAAGAACUCUGAAAUGGGGUUAGCUGGUGUUUCAGCUCGGUCUAAAUCCAUUACAGUUCUGGUGCGACUAGUAACUACCUUGCUGAUUGCAUCUGAGGACUGUAUACAGAUCUAAAAAGUUUGUUUAUCAUGUAGUAAUGAAAUUGUGCUGUUCAUAGCUUUUUCUUUGCA